AUGAAGCUGGGGACCACCUGCCUCCUCUGCCUGCUGCUCACCUGCCUGACUCUGCCCAUCGCCCACGGCCACAUCCGCGAGCGCUCCAUGGAAAUCAGGAACCCGGACAUCGACCCCUCCUGGUACACGGGGCGCGGGAUCAGGCCGGUGGGGCGGUUCGGCCGACGGCGAGCCCUGGGCCAGGGCAUCAUCCAUGGCGGGGGGGCUGGCCGGCCGCAAGCCUGCGCACCCUCCCGCCCGCACCCCCAGCCCCCCCGGGAGGAACGCAGCCCCUGA